AUGCGUUUGAGACCUCGUCCGUACUGGGUCGGCAUAUGGGCAAGCCUUAUGGUGACGGCCAUGGCUGAGAGUUACGAUUACAUCAUCGUUGGUGGAGGAACCGCUGGCCUGACGGUCGCAGCUCGCCUUAGCGAGGAUCCUCAAGUGACGGUCCUCGUCUUGGAAGCCGGCGCUGAUCGCUCUGCUGACCUCAACGUUUUGGCUCCCGGGCUAUUUCCUGCCAUGUAUGGUGACGCCGACUAUGAUUGGGAUUACAAGACAAUUCCCCAGACUUCGGCCAACAACAAGGUCGUCGCUCAUAUCCGCGGGAAGCAGCUGGGCGGCUCUAGCGCCAUGAACUUUAUGUUCUGGACGCACCCUUCACGACGAGAUAUUGACAACUGGGGCGCCUUGGGAAACGAGGGCUGGUCGUGGGAGGCGCUCGCUCCUUACUUUCGGAAAUCGGAGUCGUUCGUAGCCCCCUCGAGCCAGCAGACGAGCGAUCUUCUCCUCGAAUACGUUGACCCGAGCGUCCAUGGUGCCACCGGGCCCAUCAUCAAUGAGUUCCCCCAACUCUACAGCCCAUUUCUCAAAGCCUGGCCACGAACUUUCGAGAAGCUUGGGCUUGAGGUCGACGGCGAUCCCCGUGAUGGCCUGGCACUGGGAGGCUACGUCAACUUGCUCAACAUCGACAAGAGUACGAGGAGCUACGCUGCAAAUGCCUAUCUCGAUCCGGCACGUCACCGGACCAAUUUGAAGGUAGUGACUGACGCUCUGGUGACCAAGCUCGUGCUGAAGAAAACUCGUAAUGGGAUCCAAGUGGAAGGUGUCAAGUGGUCGCAGGGUGGAGAGACACAUGAAGCAGCCGCCAAGAUGGAGGUGGUUCUCGCUGCAGGGUCCGUCGCCUCGCCGCAGCUCCUCGAGGUCUCUGGCGUAGGCGACAAGAAACUUUUGGGAACCCACGGUGUCGAGGUUUUCGUCGACAAUCCUAAUGUCGGUGAGAAUCUGCAAGAUCACGUCUAUGUCCCUCUAGGAUUUGCGGCGAAGCCCGGUGUGCCCACCAAUGAGGAUUACGCCAACGCAACCUACUUCCAGGAGCAGCUCGACCUGUACCUCCAGAACAAGACUGGUCGUCUGUCGUCCGCGGGCGCCAGCUCGGCACUCUUGUCUCUGAACCAGAUCGCCUCCACUCUGGACUUAUCUCUACCUUCUCAGAAGAACAGCGUCCCCAGCUUGGCCGAGCAACACGGCAUCAUCUUUCGAGACCUCAAAUCGGAAGCAAUCGCCCAAGAGCUCACGAUCGAGGGUGGCAUCUCUCCCCAGUUCUCCGCCGACACGACCAAACUCUUCUCGGCGGGAGCACCGGGCAACUUCCUCUCUCUCCUGGGCGUCCUCGAGCACCCCUCUUCUCGAGGCGCAAUCCACAUCCGAUCCGCCGACGCAGCCGUCCACCCCCUCAUCGACCCCCGCUACCUCUCGCACCCGCUCGACGUGCAGCUUCUGAAAGCCAUUGCGCUUCACCUGCAGACCGUCGCGCGGACGCCGCCGUUGAGCAACCUGCUCCAGGGCGGAGGGACCGUCUUCCAGCCCGGGUACCACGAGCUCACCGCCGAGAACGUCGAGGACUGGAUCCGCGAUAGCAUGCAGAGCGAAUACCACCCCUGCGGUACCUGCGCCAUGCUGCCCAGGUCAAAGGGUGGUGUUAUCGAUGAAAGAUUCAAGGUAUACGGGGUCAAGGGACUGAGGGUCGUCGAUGCUAGCAUCUUCCCGCUGAUUCCGAGGGCCAACAUUCAGUCUCUGGUCUACGCGGUGGCGGAGCGGGCAGCUGAUUUUAUCAAAGAGGAUGCCCUCUGA